AUGGAUCAUAGAAACGAAUUGACGACAGUUUACCCGAAGGGUUCAGGAUUACAAGCAGAUGGUUAUUUGCUGUUUGUCGACAGUCAGAAUACAGGAAGCUGUCUUGAUCCAAGUACCAAUGCCUACGCUAGCUCAUGUCAAAUGGAUCCGAAAACAGAUAGAGGAGAAAGUAUUAAACCCUACUGUGAUAAACCAAAUACCGUUACAUGCAGGGAUCUAUAUACAUAUGGUCUUUGUGGUGUGACAGAGUUCCCACUACCUCUACCACCUGCAGAUCAAUUUUUCGGUCCUGAAGCAGGUGCGAAUUAUGCCCGACUGGGAGGAAAUGAUCCGUUUAAAGAUAAAUGUCCAACAUUGGGGUACACGUGCAAAAGCGGUGGCGAUAUUGAUAUCGACUUCAGUGGACAAACUGUUACAUGCGCCAGAGGUGAAAGAGACAAAACUGCUAAAUUUGAUUUGGACGGUAAAAAUUAUGAAGUGAAUAUAAGAUGUCCUGAUGCAAAUGUAUUAUGCAAUAGAGAAUUAGUACAUGGUUGCUUGCUUGUUCAAGAAGCUGACUUAUCAAAUACUGUACAAUCAUCUAAAUCUCACAGGACAUGA